CGAACCUGAAAGGUCAAACGCUGCAAACAACGUACACGCUGUAUCCCGAUGGAGUUCCCGUCGUUCCACCAUCACCACCAUCACAACAGGUACGUUCCUCCACCACCUCCAAAGAAUUUCUCAGAUGACAGCCCUAGUCUUUACCCUCAUCACAACCACCUUCUGCCGCCACCUCGUCUCCCUCCUCCUCCACCCCUUUCGUACCAUUCCCUCCCUCCACCACCACCACCACCACCUCCGGUUCCUGUGCCCCCUCCACCACCGUCUUACAACCCUCACCAAUCCCACUUCACCUUUCUUGAUGCCCAAAACCCCUCGUAUCUCAAUCACCCCCGCUCUUCCCCGCCACCACCUAGGUUUUCCAAUCAUCCCCAUAGAUUUGAUUACCGAACCGAUUCUUGGUCGGAUCCGCAUAGGAUUCUGCCGGAACGGCCUCAUCGCAAUCCGAUUUUACCCGUUGAUCGCCAUCACCGCUUGUAUUCUCCUAACUCCCCAUCUGAAAAUUAUUAUAAACCUCAUGUUUUGGAACGUGUUAUCCCUUCUAGUAGGUAUAGAGAUGAUACUAUCGUUGAUGGAUAUGCUAGUAGGGAUAUUAAUAACAUUGUUACACAGGAACAACAAGUUUUCCGAGGCGGUCCCAAUAGUGAUGACCAUCAUGGUCGCAAUACUGUUCGUUAUGCAUCUGCCCGUUCGGUUAUGGAUAUGGAUAAAGCUACUGGUUCUAGUUUAAGAAAUUCGGAGGAUUUUGUUGAAACGUAUGAGCCUUGUUAUAUGACUGUGUUGGAAAGCGAGAGAACUUGGGAUGGUCAUGGCGAUGAAGAUCCUAGAUGGGUCCAUGCUAUGAAGGGGAAGAAGAACGAAUUUGGUCAUGGGGGCAAUGAGGGGGUCUCAUUUGUGUCUGCUAGAGAGCAGUCACGGGAUUAUGAGUAUGAGUCCAGUAAGUUCAAUAGGGUUAGGGAAGGUAGAGAAGAGUUUAAGCAAGUACAAAAGAAGAGUGUUUUACUUAGGAUAGGCAAACCAAACAAUACUUAUAGGAACAGAAGCCAUGAUCAACAUUUCUCUAAAGCUUACUUGGUUGAAUCUGGUAGUAGUAAUUUUAGGGGUAAAGAUAAAGAUAGAGAUCAUACUGGUAAAGAUUCUAGUUUGUAUUUGGAUCAAAGGGUGGAGGGAGGCAGAGAACGAAGCCCUGUAGAGCUUGACGUGUCUUUUAAACCCAAUGGACUAGUUGCUAAGGCUGUUGUAACGCCCUCAAGUCCAGUGUUUGAGAAUAAUUACUCACAACCUAGGAAUAGAAAGAUUAAGAGAGCCACCGAGUUUGAUUCACCAUUAACAAAAUUCGGUGAACGUUCAACAAGAUCUGGAAGCUCUUCCUAUGGGUUAGAAUGCCCUCUUAGUUCUGAAAAGGCUCCGAAGCAGCUAAGGGAUAAAGAUUCUGCCUAUAAUGCUGUACGAGUGGGUGAUUUCAGUUCUCUGCCUUGUUCUGAUGCUGUCGAUGAUUCUUCGAGAAAUGGUGCAGAUGGUUCUUUCUCAGGCCCAGUUUUAGAUCAGGCUGGUGGCAGUGGAGGAUCUGAUGGACCUCUGUCCUUUAGGCUUAGGAAGAAAAGGAAACGCAUGAAUCUUGGUUCUCAUGCAUUUAAUUUUCAGCUUGGAGAGAAAGAAGACAAUUCUGUCAAGGGGGGAGACUUUAAGAAUAGUCCAAGUGCACAUAUUCGGGGCGUUGUUCCAUUUCCUCCUCUAGAUGAAUUAAUUGCCAGUAAAGUGGAUGAAUCUCCCCAGGCUAUGGUUUCAGAGAAAGAUUCAGAAGUUGAGAAUUUAAGUUCCUUGUCAGACCCUAGUAAUCCGAACCUUCAUGAUACAAAGAGCUGUGGUGAUGAUCCUACUGAAAACAAUACUCUAACUAAACGGAAGGUAUCUACAAUAAAUGAUGGUCUGGUGAAAGAUCUUAGCCAGCAGCCCAGUCAAAAUGAAGUUCCACUGGAACCUGAGAAUGAUGCUCAAAAGGUAUCUACGGAUGUUAUGGUGCCACUGGAUGGCACUGACAUUUCUGCUUCAUUGGGGCAUGAUCAAAUCGAGAUACAAAAAUGGCCCACUGAAUCGUAUGCUAGUUUUGAUGAUGCCAAUAUUUCUUAUAGUUUGUGCAAUGUAUCUGUCAAGAUGCCAGAAAUGAGUGCUAGUGCUGAUAUGAACUUGUUAGAUCCUUGUUCAGGUAAGAUUAUUACUGUACUCUCAGAAAAUGGUGCUGGACAAGGUUUUGAUGAUGUAUCUAGAAAGGAUGAGGAAUUCCCAUUGCUUGAGGGUACACCCAAAACUGAUGGGUGUAACCCGAGUUCUGGUGCCACCUCAAUUCUUAAUGUUUCUUUCCAGAAAAAUGUGAAGGACAUCAUUCCUGAACGUUGUAUUGCAGGUGAUGCUAGCAAGCAAACAUGCUUCAAUGAGACAAGAGAUGGUGCAAUUCUUUGUUCUGGUGAAAGUCAUAUUUAUGUUGCCAAGAAAAAUAUGAAAGAUUUGGAAAUUCAAUUCAAUUUGCCAACUCCAGGUGAGAAACAUGAGGAUGUAGUAGCUGCCGUACUUAAUGCAGGUGCAGCCCCAAGUAUUACGCACGAGGAGAUUUCGUCUGAUAAAGAUGGAGUUAGUGAGAUGGUAACGUUGAUUUCUUCACCAGUUCAGACACUAAGACCUGACAAUUGGGAGCCUAGUACAGAUAGAACUUACCUGAUUCCGAAGGAUGAUUUACAACCCUCGUCGAGUAUCCUUUCAGCGUGUGUUGAUGGCACUGGUGCGAUUGUUACCGACUCAAAUGAUAAAUCAGGCGAAUCUAUGCCUGAUAUGCUAACCAGUACUGUUACAUCCCAAAAGGUUUCCAGUUCCUCAGGCUUCCGCAGUUUGAUUCGCAAAUCAACAAAUCAAGCUAUGUCUAAUUUGAGUUUCCCUAAGGAUGAUGGCAAUAUUUGUGAAAAGUCUGUAUCUAAGGAUGGUAGUUUGUUAAAUCGUCCGGAGUCUUUGAUAGAGAAUUCUAGAACUAAUAUAAAAUCGAAUCAUUUGGAAGUAACUGGUUUUUUGGCCAACACCAAGACAGCCUCAUCUACAUACCAGGGUAGCAGUGUUAAGACUUCGAGCUUCAAUAUGAAAAUGCAGGGAUCCAAUUUGCCAAUGAAGAAACUAAGUUCCAUAUCUGCAGUCCCUAGAGUUUUUGCAGGUCAUUCAUCUCCAGUCUUAACUAAUUCAAGGAUCAAUAACCCUGCAAAGAACAUUGCAAAGCCCCGAACCUGGCAUCGAUCUACUAGCAAUUUUGCCUCUUCCUCGACAAAGUCUUCAUCAAUCUGUGUUCCUCCACCACCCAAGCAAAUUGGAAUGGGUCAGAACUCUUAUAUCCGUAGUGGCAAUACUCUCGUAAGGAAAGGCGCUCCUGUGACUGCCAUUUCUAGUGUCCCCCGUGCUUCAAGAUCUUCCCUCUAUCAAUUAAAUCCUUCAGGCCCAAUUGAGACAAGAAAUAGUGCUGGAUCAGGAAGUAAAGUUCGUAGUACUAACUCAACACUCGGUGGGUCUAGUACUCCAGUCGUGAGGCCCAAAACGCCUCCACUAUCAGGAGGCACCAAAUUACCGGAUUGCACAACAAUACACUCGAGGGAUUUGCCAACUUUACCACUUGAACAUCAGCUCAUGAAAGGUAAUUGUGAGGAAGCGGCAUCUCCUGUUGAAGGAAAUUUUGCUGUGCAAAAGGUAUCCCAGUAUCAUAAAUCGUCCAGGGCUUCUGAAGAUCAAAAUGGUACAUCCAGCAAUUCUGAAAGCCAGAAGACACUAGAUGAAGGAACUGCACCAAAGAAGAUACAGUAUGUGAAGCGGAAAUCGAACCAGCUGGUUGCAACAUCCAAUAGCGACCAAUCUAUUCAGGACUUAGAUAAGACCCAAGCAUCAUCAUCUGAUGGCUACUAUAAGAGGAGAAAAAAUCAGCUUAUUAGGACAUGGGUGGAAGAUGACUUAGUAAACACAGAUGUGCAAAAGGUUUCAAAGACAAAUGUUAAGCGACAGUCUGGUAAAGGUAUAUCUAAGAAGUAUAAACAUUUGAGAUACCCUUCAGUCUGGACACUUGGUUCUCAGUCAUUGGGAAAAGAUGGUGUCUCAUUACGUCAGAAGCUGAGGCCCCAUCUAUUCCCAUGGAAAAGAUCAAGAUACUUGGGAAAUGUGAUGAAUACCUCAGCUUCUAUACCCAGUAAUAGCUCGUCAUCUUCAAUCAGUAGCAAGUUGCUGCUUUCAAGAAAGAGAGAGACGAUAUACACAAGGUCAAAGCAUGGAUUUUCUCUCCGCAUGUCCAAGUUAUUAAGUGUUGGUGGCUCCAGUUUAAAAUGGUCAAAAUCCAUAGAAAGGAACUCCAAAAGAGCUAAUGAGGAAGCUACACUUGCAGUUGCAGCAGCUGAGAAGAAAAGGAGAGAGCAGCAUGGUACUGCUUGUACCACUGCUGAAACAAAGAGUAGGAAUAAUAUGUCGAGAGAUCGCAUAUUUCGUAUUGGCUUGGUCAGAUACAGAAUGGAUCCUUCAAGGAGGACACUUCAAAGGAUUUCAGAUGAGAAACCUUCAACUUCCAUGCAGUCAAAAGAAGAGAUCAGGAGGUCUUACGUCCCAAAGAGAUUGUUGAUUGGCCAUGAUGAAUACGUACGGAUUGGAAAUGGUAACCAGCUGGUUAGAAAUCCAAAGAGGCGAACACGCAUCUUUGCUAAUGAGAAAGUUCGAUGGAGCUUGCACACAGCCAGAUCACGGUUGGCUAAAAAGAAAAAGUAUUGUCAAUUUUUUACAAGGUUUGGUAAAUGCAACAAGGAUGAUGGGAAAUGUCAAUACAUCCAUGAUUCAUCCAAAAUUUCAGUCUGCACCAAGUUUUUGAAUGGUUCAUGCUCCAAUCCAGACUGCAAGUUAACUCAUAAGGUCAUUCCCGAAAGGAUGCAAGAUUGUUCUUAUUUUUUGCAAGGAUUGUGCUCAAACGAACAUUGCCCUUAUAGACAUGUAAAUGUGAACUCAGCUGCCUCUAUUUGUGAAGGCUUUCUCAAGGGUUAUUGUGCAGAUGGCAAUGAGUGUCGAAAGAAGCACACAUAUGCAUGCCCAGUAUUUGAAGCAACAGGCGCAUGUUCACAAGGUACAAAAUGCAAGCUUCACCAUCCUAGAAACCGGAACAUUGGGGGGCUGAAGAGGAAACAACAUUCAAUGGAACAACACCAGCAGCAGAAGAAUUCCAGGGGUCGCUACUUCGGUUCUAUUGGGGUUGGGGUUGGGGAGGCAAUCACGAUAUCUCAUUUGAUAAAGGAUGAUGAUGAUAUCAUCAAUAUCAAUGAUGACGACGACGACGAUGGUGAUUUGUGUCGAGAAGGAAAAUUUGCUGAAUAUAUCAGCUUAGGUUUUAGUAACGAAGAAGCAACAACUUUAAGCAGUGAGCCAUCAGAUUGUGGAUAUGAUGAGAUAACUAAACCCAUUCGAAUUAUGAGUAAGAAUUUGGGUGAGCCAUGAUUUGGUAGCACCUAUUGUGACAUCUUGCCUAAUCUUUUGGGUACAUAACGUUCUCUUUCGUCUGGUUUCUUGAGCCCAGAAAAGAAGAUAAUCCCCCUUAACACCUUUUUUUUGUUUUUGUUUUUGUUUUCUUGGGUCUUAGUUAUGUACUUUAGUAGUGUGAUAGGAAAUAGAAUCUUGUUUUGUUGAUCAAUGGACGCAUUAAUCAUAUAUUUUUCAUCUGAAAUCUGUCUCUUUUUGCUGUUAGUAAAUGGAUAUUUGAACCA